AUGGAUAUCAAUCUGGAUAGGAGGAAUAAGAAGCCCCGCCCUCUACUAGAGUCCGAACGAGAGCGACUUGAAGAGUUCAUUGAUUCUAUCCACUAUUCUGCGAGGUAUUCAGAUGAUCAAUUCGAAUAUCGCCAUGUCCAAUUACCAAAGAACAUGCUCAAAAAAAUCCCGGCCGACUACUUCGAUAGCUCAAAAGGGACAUUGAAGUUGCUUUGGGAGGACGAGUGGCGAGCCCUUGGUAUUACACAGAGUUUGGGCUGGGAGCAUUAUGAGGUCCAUGAGCCAGAGCCGCAUAUCCUUUUGUUUAAGCGCCCUCUGAACUACCAACCUCCAGUGUCACAAUAA